AUGUCUCGGCCUGUUGUCCAUCGUCCGGAGACACCGACCCUGCCGCGAGCACUUCCUCCCAGCGUCUUACCUGAAUAUGCUGACGCACCGUCCGAUUCCUCAGCCUCGACACCAGAGUGCCCGUGCUGUGCGCCGUCCCCAUUGCCAGACCUAGAGGGUCUCGGCGAAGCUAUCCAAGAAUGCAGACUCGACACUCUGGAAGGCCAGUUCCAGGGUUCUGCCAAUGGUCACUGGUUGCUAGUCAACUUACUCUGUCAUCAGGUAUUCGAUAAAUGUGGAGAUCGUUCUAGGAUCCGAAAUUUCAGCAUGUGCUAUUAUGGGAAGUUUGGCCCUGGUGAUCUCCUGAUAGCUGUCUCGCGAAAGAUUACCUGGGAUAGACUGAUCUGGCUCGAGGCCACAGUCACUCGAGGCGGCAUACCGGUAGCCACCGCAACCGCUUUGUACAAUAAGAUUUACUCAGAUACUAUGGAUGACGCGCAGGUUCAGGAAGCCAACUAA